AUGGAAAUCCUAAUGACAGUCUCCAAAUUCGCCUCCAUCUGUACCAUGGGCGCCAAUGCCUCGGCAUUAGAGAAAGAGAUUGGUCCAGAACAAUUUCCAGUCAAUGAGCACUAUUUUGGAUUAGUCAAUUUUGGGAAUACCUGCUACUGCAAUUCAGUUCUUCAAGCACUUUAUUUUUGUCGUCCAUUUCGGGAAAAAGUUCUCGCAUACAAGAGUCAGCCUAGGAAGAAGGAGAACCUUCUUACGUGCUUAGCGGAUUUGUUCCAUAGCAUCGCCACCCAGAAGAAAAAGGUUGGAGUAAUACCUCCCAAGAAGUUCAUAACAAGAUUACGGAAAGAAAAUGAACUUUUUGACAACUACAUGCAGCAAGAUGCCCAUGAGUUUUUAAAUUACCUACUAAAUACAAUUGCUGAUAUAUUACAAGAAGAAAGAAAGCAGGAAAAACAAAAUGGCCGUCUCCCGAAUGGUAACAUUGACAGUGAGAACAACAACAGCACACCAGACCCAACAUGGGUUCAUGAGAUUUUUCAGGGAACAUUAACUAAUGAAACCAGAUGUCUUACUUGUGAAACUAUAAGCAGCAAAGAUGAAGAUUUUUUAGAUCUUUCUGUUGAUGUGGAACAAAAUACAUCAAUUACUCACUGUUUAAGGGGUUUUAGCAACACAGAAACUCUAUGCAGUGAAUAUAAAUACUACUGUGAAGAAUGUCGCAGCAAACAGGAAGCACACAAACGGAUGAAAGUUAAAAAGCUGCCUAUGAUUCUAGCUCUACACCUGAAGAGAUUUAAAUACAUGGAUCAACUUCAUCGAUACACCAAACUUUCUUACCGGGUAGUUUUUCCUUUAGAACUUCGUCUCUUUAACACUUCAGGUGAUGCAACCAAUCCUGACAGAAUGUAUGACCUUGUUGCUGUUGUGGUUCACUGUGGAAGUGGUCCUAAUAGAGGCCAUUACAUCGCAAUAGUUAAGAGUCAUGACUUUUGGUUGUUGUUUGAUGACGAUAUUGUAGAAAAAAUAGAUGCACAAGCUAUUGAAGAAUUCUACGGGUUGACAUCAGAUAUCUCAAAGAACUCUGAGUCUGGUUACAUCCUUUUCUAUCAGUCUCGAGACUGA